AUGUUCAUCGCAAGAUCCGAAUAUGAUCGGGGCAUCAACACCUUCUCCCCAGAAGGACGUCUCUUCCAGGUCGAAUACUCCCUCGAAGCCAUCAAGCUAGGAUCCACCGCCAUCGGAGUCGCUACAUCAAAAGGUGUCUUAUUAGGCGUCGAGAAGCGAGUUACAUCCCCUCUGCUGGUCUCGUCCAGUAUCGAGAAGAUCGUGGAGAUCGACAGACACAUUGGCUGCGCUAUGUCAGGUCUGCAAGCAGAUGCCCGAAGCAUGAUUGAGCAUGCCCGAGUCGAGUCACAGAACCACGCUUUCCACUACAACGAGAAGCUCGGCGUCGAGAGCUGCACACAGGCUAUCUGCGACUUGGCACUACGGUUUGGUGAGGGUGCUCAGGGCGAAGAGUCGAUCAUGAGCAGACCUUUCGGUGUCGCAUUGUUGAUUGCUGGUUGGGAUGCGGACAAUGGCCCUCAACUAUAUCAUGCCGAGCCAUCAGGCACAUUCUAUCGCUACGACGCGAAAGCCAUCGGCUCCGGCAGCGAAGGCGCCCAAGCUGAACUACAGUCCGAGUAUCACCGUUCGCUCACCCUCGAAGACGCCGAGACACUCGUAUUGAAGACCCUCAAGCAAGUCAUGGAGGAAAAGCUUGAUUCGAAGAACGUGCAGCUUGCGAGUGUCACAAAAGAGCACGGCUUCAGGAUAUAUACUGAUGAGGAGAUGACUUCGGUGGUCGAGAGACUCGAAGAGAAUUGA